AUGUCUGUCCCGUUACGACGCGCAGUGCUGUCUGCGUUUUACAAGGAGAAUGCGACAUGCUGCUCCUGCAGAUAUGUUUCUCGUCCGAGACAGUGGCGCAUGCAAGAGCAGGUGCGAUGCUUGAGCACCACCCCAAAUCUACAAUCAGGCCACUCCAAGUGGUCUUCCAUCAAACAUGACAAAGCCAAGAAUGACGCAGGCAAGUCCAAGCAACGGUCUAUCAUGACCCGCGACAUCACCAACGCCGUCAAGCUCGGUGGCCCGAAUCCCGACAUGAACCCCCGCCUCUCCCUCGCAAUCUCGACCGCAAAGAAGUCCGCCGUGCCCAAAGCCUCUAUCGAAGCCGCCAUAGCCCGCGGACAAGGACUCUCCGCAUCGGGUGCUGCCCUUGAAUCACUUUUACUCGAAGCCAUCCUGCCGCCCUCCGUCGCCACAAUAAUAGAAUGUCAAACGGACAACAAGUUGCGCACCCUAGCCGACAUACGACUACUCAUAAAAGAGGCAGGCGGCAGCAUCUCCACCGUAGCGUUCAUGUUUGAAAAGAAGGGACGGAUAAUAAUACGGAAGAAAGAUGGUGUAGGCGUAGACGAGGUGCUAGAGCCAGCCCUUGAAGCCGGCGUGCUGGAUGUAGACGAAGAUGCCGAGGGAAGAGUCAUGUUAUACACCGAGCCUGCGUUGACGAACAAAACGGCGGAGAGACUGGCGAAGGAGCUAGAUGUAGAAAUUGAGGAGAGCGAGAUCAUCUAUGAUCCUAACGAAGAUACCAAGGUGCCUCUGGAGGACGAGGGCGCGGCCAAAGAGUUGGGCAGCUUCUUGGAUGAGCUGCAGGAAGUGCAGGGUGUACAAGGGGUGUAUAUGAACUGGACCAAGGGAAGCAUAGGAGAUGAUGUCUGGGAUGAGAUAAGAGGCAAGGUCACUGCGUGA